AUAUUCUUAAACGUAUGGAUCAUUUAAAUACAGUAUUUAUUAAACCAACUACAAUUGAUCGUCCAUUACCAAAAUUAUCAUUUCAAGAAAAUGAUACUCAAGAACCAAUAAUAAUAACAGGUGAAGAAAAAAAAGACAAUAUUUCAAUUACUCAAGAACAUGAACAAGAGCAUGAACAAGAGCAAGAACAAGAAGAUGAACAAGAACAAAAAUGGAUUGAUAAUCCAAUGUUAAAUGGUAUAGAUUAUAUUAAUCCAAAUAGUACGUCAUCAUCUCCAAUCUUUUACGAAAAACCAGGUCUUCCAGAACCAAACGAUGAUGAGAAAGAUAUUACAUUAUCACCAAAUGGUACUAGACGGGUUAAAUUUAGUAAUGCACCGAUUCGUGUAUAUCCAACAUAUUCACCAAGUGAAUAUAAUCGACGAAAUGAUGAUAUUGAUCCAUUUUCUGCAUCGGCUGAAUAUGAAUUAGAAAAACGAAUUGAGAAAAUGCAUGUUUUUCAUGUCGAAAUUGAAAAAGGUCCCGAUGGUCUUGGAAUAAGUGUUUUGGGAAUGGGUGUGGGUGCUGAUAGUGGUUUGGAAAAAUUGGGUAUCUUUGUUAAAUCUCUCAAUCCUCAAGGCGUUAUUGCUCGAGAUGGACGAAUUCAAAUAGGUGAUCAGAUAAUUGAAGUUGAUGAACAUUCACUUGUAGGUGUAACACAUACACAUGCUACAAGUGUUUUAAAAUCAACAUCAGGCUUAGUCAGAUUUGUAAUUGGUCGUGAAAAAGAUGUUGAAAACUCAGAAAUACUUCGUCUUAUUCAGCAAUCAUUACAAAUGGAUCAAGAACGUAAUGAAAUGUCACGCGCAUUACAGCAUCAUCAUGAUACAUAUAAUGAACGACAUUUAACUGAUGAUGGUUUUUCAAAUUUAGAAUUUAAUGAACAAGAUAGAAUUGAUGACGAUACAAUAAAACCUCCAAAUCAUCAUGAAUUAGCUAAAAUACAUGAAAAAAAUUAUGAACAAAUGUGGUCUAUGACGGAAAAACAAUCUAGACAAGAUGAAUUCGAUAUUCUUAAACAACGUUAUGAAUCAUUAGAAAAAACUUUAGCAAAUGUUGAAAAAGAAAAAGAAUAUUAUCAAAAAAUUUAUGAACAAACAAAAAAAGAUUUUGACCAUAUCGAAGAAAAAUAUUUAAAAGCUAAAAAAUUAAUUAAAGAAUUACAAGAUCGUGAAACCGAAUUUCGAGAACAAACAGAUAAAAAUGAUCAACAACAGAAAAAAAUUCUUGAAUUAACAAAAAAAACUGAAGAACUCGAAAGAAUUCUGACUAAUUCAGGAUCACAACUUGAUCGAUUAACUGAUAAUUCAUCAGUUUUAACACGUAUUACAAAAUUACCCAGUACAAGUACGGAAUCUGUUCUAUUACGUCCUCCAGAUAUACCCGAACGUAUACCAAUACGAUCACGUACUAGUUCUGGUCAAAAUAUACUAACAACUGAACGUUUACCAGCACGAAAUACACCUGCAACAUCAUCAGUUCGAUUACCAUCAACAUCU